AUGGUACGUUUGGCUCAUACUCAUACUGUAGUCUGUGCCACUGCCGACUUCCAACGAACACCGACAGCCAUCGAACUCAUUACAACUGAUUCGAGCGUGACGGAUGCUAUGCGUUUCCUUGGCUUACAUGUGAACAGAAAUCGUCAACCGAGGCGUCCUCGAACCACUCCACUUUCUUUUGCGAGACGUUUUGCUGAUAUAUUACAUUCUCAGCACCGUGCAAGUACUCCAGUAGGGAGAAGAGACGAGCCUAGCGCAGCUUCCGAAAGGACUCGUUCGGCAUACCAAAGCAGUCACCCUUUCUCUGGUAGGCGCUCUUAUCACAGAAAUGGGAGGAAUACGCCGCAAGAAAAUUCGAAUCCUCGAGCCAACACCAUCGAUCAGAAUAACACCAAUUCCUCCGUGCCAUCGCCAAGAACUAGUGCUGGUAACACUACAGAGCCUGCAAACAGCUAUCGUCCAUUGCCAUGGAACCGUGGACGAACUCCUGAAAGUAGUCAUGGUGAAGGCAGCCGUGACCGACGCUGGGAUCCGCGACUCGCUUCUCCUUCGUUCGGUGCUGCUCCUUCGUAUAGAGGUGGCUAUCCUGCUCGUCGUUAUAAUCGAGCAACACUGACCGGUCGUACCCCUCCUCCAGUGCAGCAUGGCGCAUAUCACAUGCCAUUCCUUGUGCUCAACGAGCCCAAUAUUGGUUUUCUUUCUGGUACUGGUUUUUUCGCUGUUAAUAAUAGCCUUUAA